GGAGAGCUGGCGUCCGAGACUCCCGGGGCCGGGAUCCCAGAGCGCGCGGCGGGAGAGGGCGUGGGGCGCGCGCCUGGCCGCCCCAACCCCGCGGGGCGCGCGUGCGCGGUACUCGGCGGCGGAGGGAUCCGCGAUGGAAGGCGUCCUGACUGUCUGCCAGAUUUCAAGUUCCACCUAUAAAGACAGGAAUGAAGAGUAAAAGACAGUUUGCACAUCUGCCUGAUGCAGAGAAGCUGAUAGCAGAGCUUGACCAGAUAGGAAUUCUGGCAGCUGCUCCAGGAGGACUAUGGCACUGAGCUAGGCUUACAUGCUGAAGAGAUGGAGAACUUUUCCCUGUUGAUUGAGGAUACUGUGCAGCCAAGAAGUCCAGGAAGAAGCAGCCUGCAUGACUAUGGGGAGAGAGAUGAAAAAUUAUCCAAGUCAAUCAGUUUUACCCGUGAAUCAAUUAGUCGGGCUUCAGAAUCAGAGUCAAUUGAGGGAAAUUCACCAAAAGGGGGGUUAGGGAAAGAGGAACCCCAAAGUGAGAAACAUAUCAAAAGUCCUUCACUAACUUCAGAAAAGAGGUUAAGUAGACAGUCAUCAAAAUCACUGGACUUGAAUAAAAAUGAGUAUCUUUCUCUGGACAAAAGCAGCACUUCAGAUUCUGUCGAUGAAGAAAACAUUCUUGAGAAAGACCUUCAUGGAAGACUUUAUAUCAACCGUGUGUUUCAUAUCAGUGCUGAAAGAAUGUUUGAAUUGCUGUUCACCAGUUCACGCUUUAUGCAGAGAUUUUCUAAUUCUAGAAAUAUAAUAGAUGUAGUAUCUACCCCUUGGAAUGUGGAACCUGGAGGUGACCGGCUGAGAACCAUGACUUACACUAUAGUCCUUAACAAUCCGCUAACUGGAAAGUGUACCACGGCCACUGAAAAGCAGAGACUGUAUAAAGAAAGUUGGGAAGCACAGUUUUAUUUGGUAGAUGCAGAAGUGCUGACACAUGAUGUCCCCUACCAUGAUUACUUCUAUACUCUCAACAGAUACUGUAUCAUCCCAUCUUCAAAGCAGAAAUGCCGACUGAGAGUUUCAACAGAUUUGAAAUACAAAAAACAACCAUGGGCUAUUAUCAAAUCUUUAAUUGAGAAGAAUUCCUGGAGUUCGCUGGCAGAUUAUUUCAAACAGCUUGAAUCAGAUUUGUUGAUGGAAGAAUCUAUGGUAAAUCAGUCCAUGGAAGACCCUGGAAAACUUACUGGCCUGCGAAGGAGAAGGCGAACAUUCAACAGAACAGCAGAAACAGCUCCUAAAAUUUCUUCUCAGCGUUCUUCUGGAGAUAUGAGUUUAGAGGCCAAAGGGGAUAUUACAGGAAAGAAAAAGGAAAUUGAAAGCUAUAACACUGUCCUUAUUGUGGUGAUGAGUAUUUUUUUGCUGUUGCUAGUUUUGCUGAAUGUGAUGCUGUUUCUGAAGUUGUCAAAGAUAGAAUACGCUGCUCAGUCCGUUUACCGUCUUCAUCUCCAAGAAGAGAAAUCUUUAAAUUUAGCCUCUGAUAUGGUGUCAAGAGCGGAAGCUGUUCAAAAGAGCAAAGGCCAGGCCCAUCGCUUAAAAGGAGUGCUCCGCGACUCCAUCAUGACACUGGAACAGUUGAAGAGCUCACUCAUUAUGCUUCAGAGAACCUUUGAUCUACUAAGUAAGAACAAGACUGGCAUGACUAUCCAAAGCUAGUGAUCUUAAGGACCAAAAUGGUAGAGAUAUGUGGAACCAAAAGACAACAUCUUGAAGAAAACCAGAAGAUGAAGGAUUUGAAUGGUCAUAGGAACAUUUCAAUAUUUUCUCAUUAUUCAUACUUCUAAUAUGAACAUUCUUUUUAAUAACAGUUAUUGGAGAAUUAGCCUCUGACAGCCUUAAGAAUCCAUCCUUUCAUUUCUUAUACAUAAUUCUAAGCUGUGAAUUUCUCCAGUGAAGCGUGAAAUAUUUUGUGAAUUUGAAGUUCUGUGACACGAAAAGAGCUGAGUGAUAUGGCCUCAUUUUCACAGUGAGGUUUGAAGUUUGAUGCUCUAAGUUUAUCUGUUAGCACAGAAUUAGUUUGCAUCCAUUAGGCUGUUUUCACAGGUAAACAUUAAAGAGGAUAAAGAAGACAACGGAAGAAGCCUCUAAAUCAUUAUUAUCUUUGAAGGAUCAGUUUUCAGGCAUAUAUUAUAACAUAGCUUUGUGUACUGUAAAUAUUACAAUGUCUUCAUUUAUUUAGCAAGGAAGUUCAAUAGUUGAACCUUUUGAAUCUGCAUGUUGAUGAUUAUCUGAAAGAUUCUCCAGCCAUGUCAUGUGUGAAGGAAAUAGGUGUUCUUCAGGUGGCUGUCAGAGGUGCAAUUAGCUUGCCUCUUCAUACAUCCAAUGGCAGAAGAGUCCACUUCAGAAAAGGAAACAUGUAGGAUAACAACCCUUAAAAUGAAGAACUGUGCUCUGAGUUUUAAAAAGAUUAUGUUAAAACCUGGGCGUUUUAGUGUCGGAGCAAAUGCAUACUUGAACCAAGCUUGGCUUCAGCUUAGCAAACUUUUAUGAUGGAAAUGAGCCAUCUGGUUGAAAAUAAUUUGUGGAUUACUGUUCAGUAGCCACGUAGGGCUUUAUUUACUCAUUCACGUGUGGCUAUAGUCAGUCAGUUGUAAGCAGACACAAACUUUAACUCUUUAAUGAAGACUUUGGGGGGCAUUAUCUCCCAAUACAAGUGCACCAACAAGUUGUAAAUCAGACAGGAGUUGUUAGGCCUAUGCGUCUUAAUGCAAGUUAUGUCUCUGGAACAAGAGAGGGACAUUGCAGAAUAAUUUGUAUAUAUUCUUACUGUUUGAAUAACAAUUGCCUUUAAAUGUUUUUUUGCCCAGAGUCAUCCAAGCCACAUGGGAUUGCUAAAGUCAUUUUUGCGAUGCCCACAGAGAGAGAAAAGUAUUGACUGGAUUAGAGGAGAACCAGGUUUCUCUGGGUGAAUCCCAACUAACCUACCUACCAGUGUACGUACCUGGAGGUUUUUUGAUAAGGAUUUAUGAGGUGUCUGACUGUGAGCAAGAAUGACUGGAUUGUCACUCUAAAACUUGUUCUCUGUUAAGUUCACAAAAAUGGUCAAUGAGAAGCUGAAUAUUUUCGUGAUGUUUCCUCAAAACUUGUACUUCAUAAAAUACCUCAAAAGAAAGUUACCAAAGUUGCUUUAUAAAUUAUGACUAAAUAUGUAUGCAGAAUUCAAUUAACUGUAUUUGAGCCUAUGUAAACUGAGUAUAAAUAAAAUCCAAAAUGUCUAA